AUGCUCAAUGGGCUCCCAUGGGAUCUCGUCUACCAGGAGUGGUGGGGCGAGUAUCCGCCACAUGAUCGUACCGAGUAUGUCGGCCUGUACCGGGAUGUUGCCUACCGCUGGCAUUUGGUGAAUCGGCUGGCGGGCAAGAACGCCACGGAUCUGCCGGAGCUCCUGGAUCUCGAUGGUGGCGUCUUCGGCAUCACUCAGGACAUGGCCGUCUAUCCUUUCGCCUACCACGACGGGCGCAGCAAGAAUGCCGAUCCCGAAAUUGCCACAUACAAGAACGGGCUGGCCUUCCACCAGCAGCAGAAGUUCUUCCUGUCCUGGCCGUUCGGGGAGAAGGUGUUGAUCUGGGGUGGCUACGGCUGGCGGGAUACGAACCACGGGCCGCCAGGCUGCGACAAGUCGGACGGUGACCAUUGCACGCCAGACUCCGUCUACGAUGAGGGCGGACACGCCCAGUGCAUGCCGGCCCCAACAGUCUCUCCUCUACCCAAGUCGGAAGCUAGACAGCGACGGUGGAUUUGUGAACACCGAUGGCAGGGCGUGGCGGGCAUGAUGCACUUUCGAAAGGCCUGUCGACAACAUGCGGUGUCAGAGAAGUGGGAAGGCGGAAAGACUGAAGGCAUCGGCAUCGGCCGUCUUGCCUUCCGCCUGGGUAAUGACUGCUUCGUCGCACUCACGCGUGGGAGGAGAGAGGACGAGGAUGAGGAUGUGGCUGGGGUUGGUGGGACUUGGGAUUUGACAGGCCUCAAGAUCGCGCUGCCCCAGGGUCGAUACUGCGACAUGUCUUCGCUCCACACGCAGAAGGGCUGGGACCAAAGCAGUUGCCCCAGGGAGGUGGAGGUGGACGAGGAAGGAGUGAUCCAGCAUGGCUCCGUCACGCAGGGAGAGAUUCUGGCCAUCCACGCCGGGGCCCUUGUGACCAGCCUCGUCAGUUGA